AAGGCUGUGUCUGGAAGUCAGUUCUUGUGUUCCUCUUCAGUGAUUGUGAUUGUUACCAUCAGGUGUCUUCAAUAAUCAAACAAUCAUCACCUGAUUAAUCACUUAAUUAUCUAAUUAACAAUGCUUCAGUUUUAUUUUUAACUCUCUGCUGGUGGUUCCCAUUUAAACACAGAGCAGUGCUGAUUUAAGGGAAAGUUGAGGAUGUUGUGCUGAGUCGAUCAGUGAUAUUGUGAAUUGUUCUUCAUAUUCAUGAUCACCUGAGAAUGAGGAGCACAUUUCUUCUGUUGAGUCUUCUGAUUGGUGCUCAGACCUUUCAUAUUCUGCAAAAGCUGAACUCUAAAAAUCAUCAGGACAUCACAAGAAUGGCCAUCCUACAUGCUACUGAAAGUGUCUGCAAGAGUGUUGACAAAGACUUCAAAACACCAGAACCACUGGACUCAAAGACUCUGGCAGAGGCCUGCAAUCGAAAAGACUUUGCAAGUAACUUUGAAACGUGCAUAAGAAUGAUCUCAUUUUACAAUGUGAUGAGAGAUAUAGCAAAUAUUCCCGGUCAGCAUCCGGAAGAACAUUUUGACAAUGAGAAAUUUCAAGAGGGAAAAGAAUCCAUAACCAGUGGAAUAAAGGCUAUCACAGGUUACAUUGAAGAAGAGAAAUUUUAUGAUGCAAGAAAGGUGCUUGGAAAAAUCUUCCAUACUUUACAGGAUUUCUACAGUCACAGUAACUGGAUUGAGCUGAAUUACACCAAACCCUGUACUGCUCUGAUUGAUCCAGAAGAAAAUAUACCCAACCCUGCUAAAAAGGAAAUGGAGACAUGUGAUAACUCUUCUGAUUCAAACUCUGAAAAUAUUAAGGAAAGCAUUAUUAAGGAAAGGUUUCUGACAUCAGGAUACGCUAGAAGAUCCAGACCAAAAGGAAAGUGCAGCCAUGGAGGUUUUCCUGAUUACCCAGAGGGUAUAAAUAAGGAUUACAGUGAUUCCAGUCAUGGUUCACUCCAUAAUCAAGCUGCAGAUAUUGCUAUUGAUGCCUGUGUGCAACUGCUGGAGAAGAUCUUGAGGAGCUUGAAAAAGGACCCAGCUCUCAACUUCUUAAGACUGAUGGGGCUUUAUUCAGAAAAGCCAAAGGGUGAAUGGAAACCUCUCAUUUCUUUCUUGGACUUCAAACUGAGAUAUCCGGAUGCAAGUGAGGAUGAAUAUGUGGAGGUUUAAUGUCAGUGUGUGAUAAUGAUGAUGAUUAAAUAAUAAUUUCAAAUCUCUGUUGCUUCCUGUCAUUCAUCUUUUUCCUCAUGUGAUCAGUGGAAUCAUACUUUUUAUGUCACAACAGAUCAGAACAAAAUAAAGGCCAAAUGUAUUUUGGUAACAGAAAAGAGGUCAAAUGUUAUUGUACUGGAGACUCUUCCACUAUUCAGUUUUUGCACUAGAUUUAGUUUAGGA